GUUGAGAUCGAUGAAAGACAGACCAUAUCAGCGAUGGAGGGAGAUUCUGUCACUCUACACAUGGAUGUUACUGAACUGCAGAGAGAUAAUGUGCUACUGUGGACUUUUGGACCUCAAGACACUCACAUUGCUAAAAUCAACAGAGUCCACAAUGAGACGUUUCACAAUGGUGCUGAUGGGAGAUUCAGAGACAGACUCAAGCUGGACUCUCAGACUGGAUCUCUGACCAUCACAAAUGUCAGCACAGAACUCAAUGGACUUUAUAAAGUAGAAAUCAUCAUUGAAAAUAAGGUCUCAAGCAAAGUUUUCAUUGUUAAAGUCUAUGCUCAUCUCCCCAUUCCUGUGAUCACCGGAUACUGUCCACAAAAUCCUCCAUCGUCAGUCUCCAGAUGUGAGCUGCUGUGUUCAGUGGUGAAUGUGAGUCAUGUGACUCUCUCCUGGUACAAAGGAAACAGUUUAUUGUCCAGCAUCAGUGCGUCUGAUCUCAGCAACAGCGUCUCUUUACAUCUGGAGGUGGAAUAUCAGGAUAAAAACAGCUACAGCUGUGUGCUCAACAAUCCCAUCAGCAACCAGACUCAACAUCUGGACAUCACUCAACUCUGUCAGACACAUUCAGAUGACUACGUCCACUAUUAUGGGUUUACCGAAGCUGUGAUCCGAUUGGCUCUCUCUGUUCUGGUGGGCGUGGCUGCUGUUGCUGUGCUGCUUUAUGAUGUCAGAUCCAGACAAGUUUGA